CUUCUAUCCUAAUGCCUUAAUUAUAGCCCCGCCACUUCCUCUGUCUUCUUUGUCUCUAUCCAACCACCUCGCCCUCUUCAUUAGCUCACAAAAAAUCUAGUGAUCGAUCAACAACUCAAUCUUUGUAGUUUUUUUCCUUUUCUACAGUGUGAAAAACAAAAUUGAUUCUUUUUUUUUUUCAUCCCAGAAACCAUGGAAGUUUGUUUGAGAAAAAAGGGUAUUUUCUUGACGUGACACUAAUAACUUCCAAAAGUCCAAACUUUUUCUCGUAGUUUUCUUGAUUUUUCAUUUUUCUUUCUUCCUGCGUGAAACAAGGGGUAGUUUUCUUGGAUUUUUUUGUCUAAGGGUAUUGCCAUUUUUGCCAAAAAUUGAAAAGUUUUUAUGCUUUCUUGAAUUUCCAUUGAAUUAAAAAAAGGGUAUUUUGUUUUCUUGAACUUUUGAAUUUUGGGGUUUGAAAUUCUUGGCUUGUUUGAUUUCUUGCUAGUUUUUUUUUUCCAUCCGAUGGUUGAUAUUCAUAUUAAAGCCUCAACUAAUCAUAAUCAAGCUGAUCAUGCACCGGGAGAAUGGAGUGAUCCUCCAAGAUUUUCUCAAUAUCCAAAAUUCAAACUCACAUAUCUUGGUAGACUUGAUUGUGGGGUCUCAUUUUAGGAAUAAAAAGAUUUCCGUUUCCUUUUAUUAGUUUUCUUUGUUAAAGUAGUAAUUUUUUUUAAAAGUCCAAAAAGGUCUUUUAAUAAAAUCCUGUUAUUGUCUCUUUCCCCUCUGCUUUUCUUCUCGAUAUUUGCUUUUCUUCUGUUUUGUCUUUGUUUUACUUUGUGGGGUAUCUUCUUUUCACAUCAUAGAGUUAUAAGAGGAGUAGAGAAACAGUUUCAUUCCUCUUUCUCUCUUUGCUCUCUUUGUGUUUUGUUCAUCUUUCCCCUUUUGUACAAUGGAUAAAGGCUCAAUGCAAUCAAAUCUUGAGUUUUUUUUGGAUACCACAACACCAUUUGUAGCAUCUCAUUUUCUUGCCAAGAGUGAAAUUAGAAACCUUAAUAGGCUUUGGCAUCCUAAGGAAAGGGAGGAAAUUGAAUACUUCACAUUGGCUGAUCUUUGGAAUUGUUUUGAUGAAUGGAGUGCUUAUGGUGCUGGAGUUCCUAUCAGAUUGGAUUCUGGUGAAACUUUAGUACAAUAUUAUGUGCCUUAUCUUUCAGCAAUUCAAAUUUUCAGCAGCAGUUCAUCUGGAAGCAUUUUAAGGGAGGAGACUGAGUCUGCGUGGGAGAUAAGGGAUUCUUUCAGUGAUUUAUUCAGUGAUGAGAGUGAGAGUGAAAAGCUUUCGAGAUCUGAUGGAUGUUCAUCAGAUGAAGGUCAAUUUGAGCAAGAUAAUCACUUGCAAAUGAAUAAUAGAUUGGGUUACCUUUAUUAUCAAUACUUUGAGAGUUCUUCUCCAUAUGGAAGAGUUCCUCUGGUGGAUAAGAUUAGUAGCUUAACUGAAAGACACCCUGGAUUAAUGUCAUUGAGAAGCGUAGAUCUUUCACCAGCUAGUUGGAUGUCAGUUGCUUGGUACCCCAUAUAUCACAUUCCAAUGGGAAGAACCAUUAAGGACUUGUCUACAUGUUUUCUCACAUUCCACACCCUUUCUUCUUCUUUUCAAGAUAUGGACCUUGAAGAUAACAUGGAGAAAGGUAUUAGGAAACGAAACGAAGGGGAAGCAAUACCACUUCCACCUUUCGGUUUGGCUUCUUACAAGAUGCAGGGUAAUGUGUGGAUUUCAGACAGAACUGGGAGGGGCCAAGAGAGGAUGUUGUCACUAUUAAGCGCGGCUGAUUCUUGGCUAAAGCAAUUAGGUGUCCAACACCAUGACUUUAACUACUUCUUGGGCAUUCGUCGUGGCUAAAAACUCAAUGAUGACAUACUCUUCUAACCACCCCAUCAAUGGACCGAUACACAUGAGGCUUUUUUUGUGAUCCCCUCACCUUAACUACCCAAAUGAGGAUUGUAGUAAUGCAGUCUCUUAAACUUCAGAGACUUGUCCGUACUAUGUAUAGGGAUUAGCUUAGUUUUGAAGAGGUAAAUUUUUAGGUGAGUGAGAGAUUAGCGUGGAUGGGCACUAUAACUAUGGAUUAAUGAUCAUGACAUAACUAUGAUUAAGUUCUUCCUAUUGUGAGUAAUUCUUGCAAAGCUUCUGCAAAAAUGCUCUCUAUAUUGUAUGAUUCUGAAGAACUCUCAUUCAGUGUUUUCACUGUUUCCUUUGUACAUUUUCAUGUAAAUGUCUUCAGACAUCAUAUUCCAUUUGAUGUGCAAAAACAACUAAUAUGUUGUUAAUCGAAAGAAAACUAUUUCCUCUGUUUUCUUUUA